AUCCCGAAAACCUUUUCCUACUCCAGUGCUCCUCCCCCCGCCCUGCGGCGCAAUGGCCGCCGCGCAGGCGCCCGGCGCCGCCGCCGCCGAAUCCCUCCCCUGCCUCGCCACCCCCCUGACGUCAAUCCCGGCCUCACCACGGACCCUGAAGCCGCUUCCCCCGGCCGCGGCCCCGAUUCCGGGCAGCCGACCAUCUCGGCCGCGAUCCUCGCCAACCUCCAGCCCAGGCCGCGCGAGGUCUACAGGCACGUCUUCGCAGCCGGCAGCACGGGCAUGUCGGCGCGGGACCUCGGCGAGGCGACGGGGCUGAGCAGCGCCGCCGGCGGCGGUCAGUUGCGCGCCCUGGUGCGGCGUGGCGUCCUCAAGGAGGUCCAGGACGUGCGCAACCGCAGGAGGAAGCUCUACAUGGCCGCCGAAUUUAGCCCCUCCGAUGAGGUGUCCGGCGGGGCGUGGUACCACGAAGGGAGGGUCGACACCGCCGCCAUCGCCGCCGCGCGGCGCAGGUGCCUCGCCCAGGUGAAGCGGCUCGGCGCUGCGACCGCGGACAUGAUCCACGCGGGCAUCGCGAGGGACGAGCCCGGGGCCGGGUACGCCAUGGACAGGGUCAUGGACAUCCUCCGGACCAUGGUGCUCGGCAGGUCGCUGGAGGAGGUCAGGAGCACCGGCGAGGGGGAGUUCGCCGCCGUCAGGAGGGGCGUGAUGUGCUACCGGGGGCCUGAGAAGAAGCAGCCGGGAGGGAUGAUGGAGGAGAUCCCGUGCGGGGUUUGCCCCAUGAUCAAUGAUUGCUCGCCGGAGGGGGUGAUCUCGCCGACCACCUGCGUCUACUACCUGAAGUGGCUGCCGAUGGACUUGUAGCCUGAUUUGCUAAAAAUUCUGAAUAAGUAUGCAUGAGAAUCAGAAGUUCAGAACCCUGACCCGUUUGCCCUUUAUCAAGGAAAUUCUGCAGCAGACUUUUUUUGCCAAA